AUGAACACAUCUGAAUUACGCAGAACACUCUGCCGGAUUCUCUCCCUUUUCUUCCCAACACAAAUCUUGAUUUCCCUUCGCAACUUCCUUGCUGAUUAUCGCCUCAGGUUUUUCUUUGGAGUAAACAAUGACUCAUCUUCAGAAGAAAUCCCAAAGGAUUUAGAAAAAGCAGAGGACAAUCCCAUGCCCACACCAGCCCAAGAGGAAGCAGUAAUCAAGAAAAAAUAUGGAGGAUUACUACCAAGAAAAGCCCCUUUAAUCUCAAAGGAUCAUGAUCGCGCUUUCUUUGAUUCUGCAGAUUGGGCACUAGGAAAGGGGUCACAAAAGAGCAAAGGACCUUUAGAGGCACUACGCCCAAAAUUGCAGCCUACGCCACAUCAGCAAGUUCGUUCAAGACGAUCAUCCUACGCCCCUGCAGAUGAAGGAGAAGCAGAUGAUGGUAGCUUAAAUCUAACUGCUUCAGAGGAUCAAGUGCAAGAAUUGGAAUUAAGUAUCGAUGACAAAUCUCAUUCUGAAGAUCAAAACCAUAUGAUCUGAAUUUUUUUGCAGUUUUGAAGGACCAAAAACCAUCACUGGUAUUAAUAACAUUUGCAUGAAUUUUGCAGCUAUUGUUUCAUAACCAAGAAACACAUACAUGUCUCAUGAUAUUAUACCCUCUGUUGUAUGAUGGGAAAAAUAAACUUAUGUUACUUGUUUACUUGUAUUAUUCCCU